ACGUGAACGCGGCAUUGAAGCCAACCCACGAUUCCCAUGAUGCAGUGCGGCAGAGACGCAGCGGGGAUAUUCAAAACUAUGGCAGAAAUCCACGAAGUAUUUAAACUUACAUCGAGUUUAGAGGACUCGGGCAGUGAGUCCACUACUAAAAGUGUGGAACAUGGCUUAAAUCGACGACUAUCGUUUUCUUCAGAAAAGGACACGAGCGCUCAACAGGAAUCGAAUACAACACGAAAAGCUUUACAAAGUGUUCCCGACGACUCGCGUUCAUGCCGAACUUCUGCGGAAAUCGUCGAACAGCACUUGCCAACCGCCGCAAGCACGUUUAUAGAGGCGAAAAAUGAAUCGCCAUCGAAAGACAUAUCCCAUAAUUUUGGUUCAAAUUCCCAGCAACAGAAUGUAAACAGUAGCGAAGACAAGGAAAACGUCGCUGCGCCCUCUUCAGUCAUCACUGCAGACAUUAUCCACGAGGACACUCCUAGUGACAGCAGUUUGCAAGAAUCCGAUGAAAUUGCCAAUAAACAACACAGUAACACAGAGGACAAUGACGCUGAGGUGGUGAAAAAAGCACAGGAGCAAGGCUGUGUGGAUGUCGUCUUUCCUGGCGCUGUAACCCAAGAAGGCUGCUGCCGCUUCGUCAGUGAGAUCCUCAAGUGUAUUCUCUAUCAGCGGCAGCAGCUACCCAUGACGUAUGAUCAGCUGCUGUAUUCUCAACAGAAACGGCAAUCCUCUGUGCAGGACAGAGACACAGUGAGUCGCAGGCUGGUGCAGUCUGCAGACAUGGACGGGCGGAAGUGUCAGCAAACUCUACAGGAUCUAGAGGAGGUGUUACAGCAGCUGGAGGUGCUUUUUUCUCUGAGCAGGGUACCCCGUGUGCUGUUCCUCAUGGGUGGCUCCCUUGUCCUGCCCAAAGAACUGUAUGAGAUAAACAUGGAGGCACUGGUUUUGGCAGGGGGAGAUCAAUGCCUAAGGGUAUCUUCAUGCUUAAGGCAACUGUUCCGCACACUUUUUGUGGCUGACCUUUUGUCUGACACCAGACCUGUUCGUUUAAUGCCCACCACGGUCUUGGUGCUGGCUCACAGGGAUUGCGGAGUCGGUUGGUUCCGUCCGAAACUGCAAUUUAAAGUGCCGGCUUGUGUAAAGAAGCAAAUUAUUGCUCUGUCUACAGAUCCCAGCUCCUGUAAGGAACCGAGAGCAGAGGUGUUGGACUGGCAGGAUUAUGUGUGGUUUCAGGCACCGUUGACCAUCAAGGGAUUCUGUAACUGACUCCAAGAGUUGGGCAGUGCACAUUCUGGUAUUAGAGCUCUCUAUACAAAAAUUACAUUUUAAUGGUGGUUUAAAUACAUUUUUAAAUGAGUUAUGUAUGUUUUAUAGUUUAAUUUUGUUUCUACUUGUGAUUAAAACAAUGUCAGCUCAAGCAACAGUGAGUUGACACAAGCAAUGAAGUGUA